CGCGCCGCGGGGGGAGGAGCGCGGAGUCCGCGCGUCGCGCGGCCCCGGCGGAAAGUUUUUCCUGACGGAGUUUUGGCGGCGGCAGCCGGGGCGGCCAUGGACGCGCUCAAGUCCGCCGGGCGGGCGCUGAUCCGGAGCCCCAGCCUCGCUAAGCAGAGCUGGGGGGGCGGCGGCCGGCAUCGGAAGCUGCCGGAGAACUGGACAGACACUCGGGAGACGCUGCUCGAGGGAAUGCUCUUUAGCCUCAAGUACCUGGGCAUGACGCUGGUGGAGCAGCCCAAGGGUGAGGAGCUGUCGGCUGCCGCUGUCAAGAGGAUUGUGGCCACGGCCAAGGCCAGCGGGAAGAAGCUGCAGAAAGUGACCCUCAAGGUGUCGCCACGGGGGAUUAUCCUGACUGACAACAUCACCAACCAGCUCAUUGAGAAUGUGUCCAUUUACAGGAUCUCCUAUUGCACAGCAGACAAGAUGCACGACAAAGUGUUUGCCUACAUUGCACAGAGCCAGCACAACGAGAAUCUCGAGUGCCAUGCCUUCCUCUGCACCAAGCGGAAACUGGCGCAGGCUGUCACCCUCACAGUAGCCCAGGCCUUCAAAGUCGCUUUUGAGUUUUGGCAGGUGUCCAAGGAAGGCUGCCCCUGUCCAGCGAUUGCUGGGGGCGGGGGCUGCAACGCUCUGUGCCUUGGUCCCACAGAGAAGGAGAAGAGGGACAAAGCCAGCCAAGAGGGAGGGGACGUCCUGGGCGGGGGCCUCCGAGACAGCACCCCGUCGUUGAAGAGCCUGGUUGCCACUGGGAACCUGCUGGACUUGGAAGAGACGGCCAAGGCCCCGCUGUCCACAGUCAGCGCUAAUACCACUAACAUGGACGAGGCACCGAGGCCUCAAGCCUUGAACAAUAGCAGUGUUGUGUGGGAGCUGGAUGACGGCCUGGAUGAAGCAUUUUCAAGGCUUGCGCAGUCUCGGACAAACCCUCAGGUCCUGGACACUGGAUUGACAGCACAGGACAUCCAUUAUGCCCAGUGCCACUCACCUGUCGACUGGGACAAGCCUGACGGCAGCGGCGCCGAGCAGGACGAUCUCUUCAGCUUCUGAGCGCCCUGGAGCUGGUGGGACACGUGACAGACCAAAGCCUCUGGUGGCGGUGUAGGGCCAGCGCCAGGACCCCCAGCCACCCUCUGCUGGGUGGCGGCCUGCGAAUCCCAGCUGCAUCCAGUCAGGCGGGGGGGGAAGGAGAAAGUUCUCUUUUAGCCCCGCUCUUUCUGUAAGAACUGAAGGAUGCCUUGAAUAUUUAUUCAGUGACUCCUG